AUGCUCGGACGAGCGCUAAUACGAACAUUUUUGUCGCCGACGGUCCCUGUGGCCGCUUGCACCACGCAAAUCGCCGGUGUUCAUCAUCACAAGGAGGCCGGCGAUAUGAAGAGAUUUACCGGCGUUACGCGUUCAAACAAGGCAAAAGCGAAUAGAAAUACACAUGUCAAUGAGAAACUGUUCAGAAAGAUGCGUGGCCGUAAAACUCUUCUCGUCGAGCUUCCCGAAGAUUCUGCGCGAGAACGAGAAUCGGAAAUGCCUCCAGGAGAGAUGAGAACAGAACUUCUGAAGCGAGGCCUCAAUCCAUACAAGGAAGCACAGCCAAGAGUCUGGAAUGAGGCUCAGGUCACUUUUCAGUCCAUUUACGGUAUCGCUGACCCAUAUGUGCCACCAGAGACUCCAGCUUCAUUUACCGAUGUGAACAACAAAUUCGACGAGGUCAAGCAGCGACUGCAGCACAAAUUCUACAACUGGCGCAUGGGAACGAAUCGGAUUCGCAAGAAGCAGGGAUUCGAGAAGUUCGAUGUCAAAACCUUCUGUGCGAAGGCAGAAGAUAUCUAUGAGAGAGCUCACAAGGCAAUGGAGGCCAGGGAUAAGAAGGAGAUGUAUCGGUGUAUUACGGAGUAUGCGUUCGCGAAAAUGUGGCCGGAUGUUGAAAACGGAUCGGUUCGUUUCGAGCUAGUCUCCAUUGUAGAACCAUCUCGUGUCGUGGCGGUUCGCUGUUUCGACAAUCCACCAAAAUCUGGAAACGACAUUGCUCAAAUCACGGUUAGAAUGCACACAAGACAAAAGCUCGCCCUUUACGAUCGCUUUGGAGGUCUUAUCCUAGGAUCUGAGGACGAGGAGAAGGACGUUGUUGAGUAUGUGGUGUUCGAGAAUCAUAUCGCAGUGGUGGAUGGAGAAUGGAGAUUGCACGGAAAGAUUUACCCGAAAUGGAUUGAGCCGAAGCAAGGAACACAUAUUACGCAUCAAUUGACACAGAAGGAAGCUGGGGUACAGGUGGCAAAGGCGAAUGCACUGCCAUUGAGAACUACGGAGAAGUUGGAGGAGGCGAAGAAGGAGAAGGAGGCAGCAAACAGUUCCUAA